CCGUUGUUUGCUCUGCUUUUUGAACUGAGCUGUAACAGCAGACAGACACCGCCUCUCCGGCUCGCUGUGCUACUCUAUGAAGUAGUUCACUAGCUGUCAACUAAACUACAACAAACCAAUUAUUUGGACUAUUUGUGCGCAUAAAGGGCAACAUGCGUUGACUACAGACUUCGGAUGGAGAGAUGUUGCAGUUGUUCUGAGUGUUUUGGACCGAAGAGGAACUCUUUAUAGUGUUGUUGACCUGCUAGCUCCGCAGCUAGCAACGUUAGCUAGAGAGCUUAUUGAACUGAGCUAGCUCGGCAGCUAGUUUAGUUUAGCUCCGCUUCUCUGUUACCUCCUUUAUCUGAGGUGACGAACCAGCCUCAGAAACAAGUUUGGACAGUUUGGUGCCUCCAUAAGUUCCUGGCAUGGCUGACAGCAGCAUAGUGACUUUAGGGACAGCUCGGAGUCUGUUGGUGGAUACUUCGUUCUACGAUUCGAGGAUCGCCGAAACCACCAAGGACCAUGUAUUUCUGGGCAUGGCAUGUGGAGACGGGGAAGAUAUGCUGCCAAAAGUGGAGACACGGGUUGUUCUUGUGGGAGCGGCGGGCAGAAAUGGAGCGCUGGUCAAAGCACUGCAGGCCAUCAGAGUAAUGGAGGUACCGGUGGUAAAGAUAAGAGAAGGCGAGGCGGCUGCCGAGGAGAAAAUGAUGAUAAAAUCUAUAGUCAAUAUGGACAUCAACACCCCGUGCAUAAUGACAGACAACGUCCAGGAGUUUGGAGACGGAGAGAACACCGAUUUCGAGACCGUGUUCGUCCUCGCAGACUUUGAUACUCCCGACUACAGCUACCUCUACAAACGCGACAAUCGCAUUGUCGGGCCUCCCGUUGUCCUGCACUGUGCUGCGAAAGAGGAACCUCUACAGUUUUCAUGUCGUCCUCUCUACUCCACCACAAUGCUUACCCUGUCGCUGUGUUUCACCGGCUUCAGGAACAAAGAGGAGAUGAAGAACUUGGUGAAUCUGGUUCAUCAUAUGGGUGGGACCAUCCGGAAAGACUUCAGCACCAAGGUUACUCAUCUCAUCGCCUACUCCACACAUGGAGAGAAAUACAGGCUGGCAGUGUGCAUGGGGACGCCCAUUCUCACUCCACCAUGGAUCCAUAAGGCCUGGGAGAGAAGAGAUGAAGUGUACUUUCAUGCAGGAGAAGAGGAGUUUCGAACAGAGUUCAAAGUGCCUCCAUUCCAGGACUGCAUCCUCAGUUUUUUGGGUUUCUCAGAUGAAGAGAAGGCCAAUAUGGAGGAGAGGACUAUCAAACACGGUGGGAGUUCUCGUGAGGUUGGAGAUGAGAGGUGUACACACAUGGUGGUGGAGGAAAACUCAGUAAAGGAGCUGCCAUUUCCUCCCUCCAAGAAACUCUAUGUGGUCAAACAAGAGUGGUUCUGGGGCAGCAUUCAAAUGGACGCUCGGGCCGGAGAAUCCAUGUACCUCUACGAGAAGAACGACAGCCCGGCCAUGAAGAAGGCUGUGUCCCUCCUGUCCCUCACCACCCCCAACAGUAACCGUAAGCGUCGGCAUCUGAGGGACACGCUGGCGCAGCUCACCAAGGAGACGGAGAUCUCUCCCUUCCCUCCGCCACGCAAAAGGCUGUCGGCAGAGCCCUCCAUGUCGAUUGGUUCUCUGCUGGACAUCUCUAAUACCCCUGAGACAUGCAAGGCCUUUGCAGGGAACAAUACAGAGAGCAAAGGAGGCGAUACUGUGACCAGGAAUAGGAAGAGUAGAAGGAAAACCAGGGAAAGGAGGCUUAGGACAGACAGGAAAGAGAGGAGGAAAAGGUCCUUCCUGGGUACUCUUCAACAACCCGACGAGGAGCAGCAGCAGCCAGGAACUUCUGCAGAGAGCUCAAAGCCAUCCAAGAGUUCCACUCCGGUUCUAUCCAAGCAGUCAGCCAGGUGGCAGGUCUCCAAGGAGCUCUACCAGACUGAGAGCAACUAUGUGGACAUUUUAAGCACCAUCCUACAGCUUUUCAAGCUUCCGUUGGAAAAAGAGGAGCAGGUGGGUGGACCCAUCCUGGCCCAAGAAGAGAUGAAGACCAUAUUUGGCAGCAUCCCAGAAAUCUACGACGUGCACAUGAGAAUAAAGAGUAACCUGGAGGACCUCCUGUCAGACUGGUCAGAGGACAAGAGUGUAGGAGAUAUCAUCCUCAAAUAUUCUGAAAAGCUGGUGAAGGCCUACCCGCCUUUUGUCAACUUCUUUGAAAUGAGCAAGGAGACAAUUGUUCGUUGUGAGAGACAAAAGCCACGUUUCCACGCUUUUCUCAAGAUCAACCAGUCCAAGCCAGAAUGCGGCAGGCAGACACUGGUGGAGCUGCUCAUCAGGCCUGUACAGAGACUGCCUAGUGUGGCCCUUCUUCUUAACGACAUAAAGAAACAUACGUCUGAUGACAACCCAGACAAGAUAACGCUGGAGAAAGCAAUUGAGUCUCUGAAAGAAGUCAUGACUCACAUCAACGAGGACAAGAGGAAGACUGAAGGCCAGAAGCAGAUCUUCGAUGUUGUUUACGAAGUCGAUGGCUGUCCUGCCAACUUGCUGUCCUCUCAUCGCAGUCUGGUUCACCGAGUAGAAACGAUCGCCCUGGGAGACCAGCCUUGUGACCGUGGAGAACACGUCACCCUCUUCCUCUUCAACGACUGCCUCGAGAUUGCGAGGAAGCGACACAAGGUGAUCAAUACAUUUAAGAGUCCGCUGGGACAGACGAGACCACCGCCCCCGCUCAAACACAUCACACUGAUGCCGCUGUCCCAGAUUCGAAGAGUGCUGGACCUGCAGGACACAGAGGAGUGUGUGAAUGCAUUCGCCUUGGUGGUUCGCCCUCCGACUGAACAGGAGAACUUGUUGUUCAGCUUCCAACUGGCUGGAGAGGAAACGGUUAAAAGCGCCUGGCUGCGAACACUUUGCCGCCACGUCGCCAACACCAUCUGCAGGGCUGAUGCGGAGGACCUGAUUCAGUGCACAGACCCAGACCCACUGCAGGUCAGCACCAAGGAUAUGGACAGCACCCUGAGCAAAGCCUCCAGGGCCAUCAAGAAGACCUCUAAAAAGGUGACGAGGGCGUUUUCUUUCACCAAGACCCCGAAGCGUGUGAUCCAGAGGGCGCUCAUGGCCAGCAGUACUCCAGAAGAGAAAAGCCAGAGGCUGACUUGUGAAAACCGCAUCGGCAGCAGCUCCACGCUGGCUAUGUCUCGCUCUACCUCCACGUUCAGUUUGAAUGAUUCUGCCAAGAGCAGUGCCGUGGUGCAGCGCUCUAACUCUCUGGACCAUCCUUCUGUCAGAGCCAGGGUCCCCGUCUGUACACGUACCCCCUGCAGCCCAGCCCGCAGCCCAGCCCGAACCCCCGCCCGUAGCCCCGGCCCUAACAUCGCCCCCGAGUUCAGCCUCUGCCCCAACUAUUCCCGUGGCACCCGAGAACCCAAGUCCAUCCUUCACGCUCCACUAUUGUCCCAACCAGCACAAGCCGAUUCAGGCCCCUACAUCUCCCGACAGUCCGCCUCUCCGAUACGUCCCACCUCCCCCUCCCCCUCCAUUCCAGCUGUCCAAACCUCCACUCAGCUCAACUGCAAAAAACCCCAUCCCAGAUCUAGCCAGCGCGUGUCCAGACAUCUACCCUCUGUAGGGUUCCAGCCAAGGUUCCCGGCUCCUCAGCCCGCUAAUGUCAAAGGCAGGACCUUUGAACCCUUGGACCCCCGCAAGCCUGCCCUGACCAGUCCUCGCAGGGAGACUCUGCUCUAAACCAUCGCUAAGCUCAGUCCUGGAGUCUGACGCACGCCAUUCCCCCUCCAUGGUCAAUCUGCCCUCCAUGUUUGAGAGGAAGUACCACACGUUCAGUCGUUCAACCACCCACCUCUUCUGAGACGCCGCUGCUGCUGCUGCUGCUCUGGAGCACCAGCAGGGUGUCCAGCCAACCUUUUUCACUACCGCUAACAGUGACGUCUGUAUCUAAAGUCAAAGCUACCUGUAAAUUAUUGGCAAACUAAGCAUUUGUCCUACAUAUACUGGAGCUCCCUCACAGACUUCAAAAAUCCAGAGGAAAAUGGCAUUUUAUCUGGAAAAUAGCACUGACGAAUUCAGAACUGUCCAGCUGAAAUCGCUUCAUGGCUAAAACUUUGGGGCCAAGAAAGGGGUUCACCAGCCCUGAUUUCUUCCCAUGUGAUGUCUGCUGAGAACUCACAUCUGACAAGGUAGUUUUGAUGCGUCUUUCCCAAACCUGCACAGCGCUUGAAUUAAGACUAACUUGAGCUAACUUGGACCGGUACUGCACCAUGCUCGGGACUCUACAGGCUUACCCGUACAAAAAUGAAGGAUGCUCUGCUUUUCUCUGUCUGCAAUUGUUAAUGGAUUAUCUCGUCUUUACCGGACACAUGUUGUGUUUAUACGUUCGGCUUCCUGCUUGGGUAACAGAGUUAACACUAACUAUAGACCAAGUAAACAUCACGUCUGUCCUCUAUAACGUUUAAUUUUUAGAUGUUUAGCUAUUUCUAUUUAACAGAUGCAGGAUGUUUGUGUGUUUCAUGUUCUAUUUACCACGUUGACCUCUCAUGCCCUUGGCUGACUUUUUUUUUUUUUUUUAGAUUACCUUACUCUGACAUCUAACUGACAUUUAAUGUUGUUUUAUUAUAGUGGGGUAGACUUAAUUUCAACCUGAUAUAAUAAUAAUAAUAAUAAUAUUACUUACUGUAAUUAACCCACCUUCAACAUUUAAACUCACAAUAGUUUCCAGCUUUUAUAAAGCUUCUCUUUUUUAACAGACUCGCUCAAGAAGAAUAAAAGCACUCUUCUUGCUCUUGUUCACGUUUUUACAGUGUGUGUGUGUCUGUGUGUAUGUUUCAGAAGGAAUGCCUCAGCAGUGUACAUAUUUAUUUUUGAAGAAUACAUUUUUUUUUCUCUCUUGUUCCUUUCGUCUCUCGCUAUUUAUGUUGUCUGUUUUUUUCUCUAACGCUGUUUCCGUUGAGCUUCACUCGUCUCCUGUUGUUUCAUCUGUAUUAAAUGCACUUAAACAUGUACCUGAAGAAUGUGUAUGAGUCUUUUAUCAGCAGAACAUUAUAAAAACAUGUAUUUGUGGGGGAUGCCGACUAAUUCUAGAAGUCGUUUGUGUGAAAAUAAAUUGUAUUUCCUUAUUAUGUC